UAGGGCGGGCGGGCGGGCGCUGCGGCGGCCGCGGCUGCUGCUUCCUCGGGCCAUUUUGCUGUGGCGCGGCGGGGAGGAGGAGUCGCCGAGGAGACCCCGGGCGAGGAGCUGCGAGCCAGAGGAGGCCGCGCGGGCUCCGGGCUUUCCGCGGUCGCGGGGAUCUCGGGGGGCAAAGGGAUCGCCGGGGAAGGGGACCGGAGGGCCGCGCCCGCCGCGCGGAGCGCCCCUUCGCGCCCCCUGCACCAUGAGCUGGGGCACCGAGCUCUGGGAUCAGUUUGACAACUUAGAAAAACACACACAGUGGGGAAUUGAUAUUCUGGAGAAAUAUAUCAAAUUUGUGAAAGAGAGGACAGAGAUUGAACUCAGCUAUGCAAAGCAACUCAGGAAUCUUUCAAAGAAGUACCAACCUAAAAAGAACUCGAAGGAGGAAGAAGAAUACAAGUAUACAUCAUGUAAAGCUUUCAUUUCCACCCUGAAUGAAAUGAAUGAUUAUGCCGGGCAGCAUGAGGUCAUCUCCGAGAACAUGGCGUCACAGAUCAUUGUGGACUUGGCACGCUACGUUCAGGAACUGAAACAGGAGAGAAAAUUGAACUUCCACGAUGGCCGGAAGGCACAGCAGCACAUCGAGAGUUGCUGGAAGCAGCUCGAAUCUAGUAAAAGGCGAUUUGAACGCGAUUGCAAAGAGGCGGACAGGGCACAGCAGUACUUUGAGAAAAUGGACGCUGACAUCAACGUCACAAAAGCAGAUGUUGAAAAGGCCCGACAACAAGCUCAAAUACGUCACCAAAUGGCAGAGGACAGCAAAGCAGAUUACUCAUCCAUUCUCCAGAAAUUCAACCAUGAGCAGCAUGAAUAUUACCAUACUCACAUCCCCAACAUCUUCCAGAAAAUACAAGAGAUGGAGGAAAGAAGGAUUGUGAGGAUCGGAGACUCCAUGAAGACGUACGCAGAGGUUGAUCGGCAGGUGAUACCCAUCAUUGGGAAGUGCUUGGAUGGCAUAGUGAAAGCAGCUGAGUCCAUUGAUCAGAAAAAUGAUUCACAGCUGGUAAUAGAAGCUUAUAAAUCAGGGUUUGAGCCUCCUGGAGACAUUGAGUUUGAGGAUUACAGUCAGCCCAUGAAGCGUACCGUGUCCGAUAACAGCCUUUCAAAUUCCAGAGGAGAAGGCAAACCAGACCUCAAAUUUGGUGGCAAAUCCAAAGGAAAGUUGUGGCCAUUCAUCAAAAAGAAUAAGCUUAUGUCCCUUUUAACAUCCCCCCAUCAGCCUCCCCCUCCCCCUCCUGCCUCUGCCUCACCCUCUGCUGUUCCCAACGGCCCCCAGUCUCCCAAGCAGCAAAAGGAACCCCUCUCCCACCGCUUCAACGAGUUCAUGACCUCCAAACCCAAAAUCCACUGCUUCAGGAGCCUAAAGCGUGGGCUUUCUCUCAAGCUGGGCGCGACACCAGAGGAUUUCAGCAACCUCCCACCUGAACAAAGAAGGAAAAAGCUGCAGCAGAAAGUCGAUGAGUUAAAUAAAGAAAUUCAAAAGGAGAUGGAUCAAAGAGAUGCCAUAACAAAAAUGAAAGAUGUCUACCUAAAGAAUCCUCAGAUGGGAGACCCAGCCAGUUUGGAUCACAAAUUAGCAGAAGUCAGCCAAAAUAUAGAGAAACUGCGACUAGAGACCCAGAAAUUUGAGGCCUGGCUGGCUGAGGUUGAAGGCCGGCUCCCAGCACGCAGUGAGCAGAUGCACCGGCAGAGCGGACUGUACGACAGCCAGAACCCACCUGCCGUCAACAACUGCGCCCAGGACCGCGAGAGCCCAGAUGGCAGUUACACAGAGGAGCAGAGUCAGGAGAGUGAGGUGAAGGUGCUGGCCACAGAUUUUGACGACGAAUUUGAUGACGAGGAGCCCCUCCCUGCCAUAGGGACAUGCAAAGCUCUCUACACGUUUGAAGGUCAGAAUGAAGGAACGAUUUCCGUAGUUGAAGGAGAAACACUGUACGUCAUCGAGGAAGACAAAGGCGACGGCUGGACCCGCAUCCGGAGGAAUGAAGACGAAGAGGGCUAUGUCCCCACUUCCUAUGUUGAAGUCUAUUUGGACAAAAAUGCCAAAGAUUCCUAGAGGGGAGUGCCAGCGAGCCUCAAGCCUUGGGUGAGCCUUCCUGGAGGAGCCUCCGUCUGCUUGUCCCCACAGGCCUCCAGCGCCCUGCCCUGUGGAUGGCCCACCCCUCUGCAGCCCCAUCCCUGAGGGGCAGCCCCUCUCUCUCUCUACGGCAUGCUCCCUGCCCUCCUGCCCGGCCCAAGCCGGCUCUUGAGGGGACAAGUCUUGCCAGCGACGCCCCCCCCCCGACGGCUCUGGUCAGUCCUCAUUGCUCCCCCUGCCCACCCCACAGGCCACUGAGACAGUGGGACACACAUCCCCUGCCAGCUCCUUCCUGGGCCCUUGGUCCACCCGGGCUCGUCCUGGCGGCCCUUCCGCGCUUCACACAGUGCCUUUUGUGAAAAUGUCAUCACGGGUCCCGAGGACACAAGGCAGGUCCGACACACACCAGGCAGACUGAGCACUCCGAUGUCACCCGUGUGUCCCUGAUGGUCUGCUGCAGGAAACACUUCCUCUUCUCCCGGGUCUGUGAAGUCCUCAGUGGCCGUUUUCUGAUUCUAGGCUUACACCUCAUACUAAACGUUGACUUAUCGUCCCCUCGACCUGAGAGCAUCUGGUGGGCAGGGGGCAGGGGCACACACACCCACAGGCACACAUGCACCCUCACCGGUACACACCCGUGCGCGCACACACACACCCCUUUUGGUUUGGCGCCCUGCCUUCAGUGACCUAGGAAGGUCCACUCUGGAAGUUGAAUUCCAGCUCGCGGGCCAGCCUUGCUCUCCCCGUCACGUCCCUGUCCCUGAGAACAGCAGAUCAUGCGCUUGUGAGCGAGGCCCUCCCCUCUGCACCGGCUCAUUGCAAAGCGACCAUCGUCUUCUCUCCACGAGGCCCAGGAUGAGCAUCUGGGGAGGUUAGCACUUUCUUGGUGUUUUUUGUUUUUGUUUUUUUUAAGACAGUCUCGCUCUGUUGUCCAGACUGGAGUGCAGUGGCGGGAUCUUGGCUUACUGCAACCUCCGUCUCCUGGGUUCCAGCGAUUCUCCUGCCUCAGCCUCCCAAUCCCAAAUAGCUGGGAUUGCAGGCAUGCACCACCGCGCUUGGCUGAUUUUCAUAUAUUUAGUAGAGACAGGGUUUCACCGUGUUGGCCAGGCUGGUCUCAAACUCCUGACCUCAGGUGAUCUGCCCACUCAUCUCCCGAAGUGCUGAGACUACAGGCGGGAGCCACUGCACCCAGCCGAGGUUAGCACUUUCAUCACCAAAGACCCCGUGCCUCUCUUGGUCAUUUGAGGGAUCCCAUGGCCACCACCCCUGUAUUUUAUGACGAGCUCUUCAGGGCAUGUGGAAUGAGUUGAGUUUGCUUUUUCAGCUGUUUCUUUCCCUGAGUGGGUUUUUUAGGAAAACCUGGGGUCUCCUAACCUAUGGCCCCCUGCACCUUAGAGCAAAGCAGCCCCUCCUCAUUUGGUGCAGAAACAGUCAAGAGGAACCACUGGCUGAGGGCUCCUGGGACCAAGAGCGCCACAGAAGCCUGGGGAUGGCGUUGGCCAGCUUUAUUCUUCGCCUGGCUUUGGUAACUAGGUAGUCCCCUCAAGCAUCCUCAGUUCCUCUCGACAUUUAUGAAUCUAAGACAAGGAAGUCCUAUAGGAGCCAAAGGGACAGGGACAGAAAGGACUGGUCCCAAGGGAUGGGCCCGUCUUUACUCGUGGAAACCAGGAAAUUGCUCCUCUCAGCCAACCAGGGUUGACCACACACCACCCUUCCGGAGCAGCUCAGUCAGCGCUCGGGGAAGAGAAACCACAAUCGAGGAGACGCCGAGGCUCAGCAGAUGAAGAGGAAGUGGCUUCAGGUUUUUAAGGUGGGCGAGUGUGAGCCUGACUUCCCCGGGGGACUGCACACCACCCGCUGAAGGCUCAGGGCCGCGGCAAAGCCGCGGGCUUCCGGUCCCUGCAACUGGCGACCUGAGCAUGGUGCACAACGCAUCAGUCCUGCCGGAGGACUGGCUUGACAGUCAAAAGAGAAGCCAGGAUGAUACAGGUGGGCAGAGUCAGGGCCGCACCUCUGUCCCUGCAGACCAACAGAUGCAUGGUGAGUGCGGCGGCCCCCACAGCCCCGCGAAGGCCGCCUCUGUCCACAGGCCCGACAGGGAUUGCCAGGAAUUUCUGACCUCACCACGCCAAGUUGACCACUCUCCACUCCACGAGGAUGUGCAACGGUUCUUUAAAAUCUGGUUUUAGAGCUUCAGGAAUGCAUGUGCAUUGCAUCUUUCAGGGUAGAUUCAUUUCUCGCAACAUAGUGACAAAGGUCUAAGCUGCAAUAAUUUGUUCUUUUAAUGACUGUCACCCCCGGUAGAGGAUAUGCUUGUAUCCUUCUGUAACAACUCUGCCUUUUUUCUAAAAACCCCUCCACCACCUGUCUCCAAAAAGAGUGCUCUUAAAUGCUGAACCUGGGUGCUGCUUCCUGGCCAGCCUGCGUGGCCCCGUGGAAAGCGCGAUGCUGCCCAGCCGGGCUUCUUAGAGGGGGUCAGUAGUCCUGUGAAAGCUGAGGUGUGUCAUUUACUCUGGGAAUCCUACUGUGAAAUCAUGCCUGCAUUUUUACGGACAGUUUGCAUAGAGUAGAACGUCCCAUGAGCGUCUCCCUCCUCCCCCGUCGCUGCCGCCUGUCACUUCGCCGCUGUGCUAGGAUACUGUUGUGUUGUAAGAUGACUAAUUUUAAAAGAACCUGCCCUGAAAGUGACUUAGAAACGAAUGGAAGAGAGGAGCUUGUCCUUUACCCAGUUUUUCCUUUGCAGGAUGGGAAAGUAGGAAAGGGCACGGAGGGCUGUCACGAGGCGGUCCUCGGAGGUUUUUAUCCCGCUCACCGUGGAGAUGAGCCGCGGCUUGUCUGAUCGGCACCAGCACAAAGCUCUCCAUGCCUUUUGGUAACAUCUGUCAUUACAGAAGAAAGUUUACACGACGUCAAAAAGUUACGUUCAUGCUAAGUGUUUUUCCAGAAAUACUGGUUUCAUGUUUCUUAUUGGCUCUGCCUUCUGUACUUACAUCAUCCAAAAAACUUCUUUGAAAAAAGGUCCAGAAUUCUAUUUUAACCUGAUGUUUAGCACCUUUAAAACGUCCGUGUGUGUGUUGCACUAAUUCUAAACUUUGGAGGCAUUUUGCUGUUGUGCCGCCCGUCACCACCGUAAAGGCCCUAGAGUUGCCGGUUUGUCUCUGGAGAUGGAAUUAAACCAAAUAAAGUGCUUCCAUUGGAAGGCUUCUAUUGACCUUGUAACUAUAUGUUAAUCCUCUAAGUGUUAAAAUAAAGUAUAACUUCUG